CGGAAUGUCUAUUUUAUCAUAAAGUCAAAGUCAAAUUUAGACAUAACCUUGGAGGCUCGAACUGUGAUUACUUGUUAUUAAUAGAAAUUAUUUACUAUUUACUAUUUUUAUAGAUUAAUAAAUCACUGUUAAUUAAAUAUAGUUACAUAAAAUGGCAGCUCAAGUGGAAAAUGCUGACACAGAUCUUCUGGAUAUGGCGAAAUUUUACGAAAACUACAUCCUCAUCGACGUCGGUGCUAAUUUAACAAACAAGAAGUACGGCAGGGAUUUAGAUUCUGUGGUGCAAAGAGCCAAAGAUUCGGGGGUCCAGAAAAUCAUGGUAACAGGUACUUCGGUUAAAGGCAGCAAAGAAGCACUCAGGUUGACGAGGAUAUACCCUAAUACAUUGUACUCUACCGCAGGAAUACAUCCGCACGAUGCGAAAUCGUACACCGACGAGUCCUGGGCCGAGUUGAGACAGCUAGCUAGUAAUCCAGAGUGCGUGGCCAUCGGCGAAUGCGGACUCGAUUAUAAUAGGAAUUUCUCAGAUCCGGAAGAUCAGAAAAACGUUUUCAGAAAACACAUUGAAUUAGCUAUCGAACUGAACAAACCGAUAUUUGCGCACGAAAGAGACGCUCACGAAGAUUUGCUAAUUAUUUUAGACGAAUAUCUGACCAAACUACCUCCUGUUGUGAUACAUUGUUUUACUGGUACAAUGGAACAAGCUUUGACUUAUCUGAAUAAAGGAUAUUACAUAGGACUAACAGGAUACCUGUGUAAAGACAAAUCAGAUGUCGGAGUGAGAAAAUUAUUGGAAUCAGGAACUCUGCCUUUAGAUAGACUCGUCGUGGAAACUGACGCGCCUUUUAUGUACCCGAACACGAGAGCCUCUAAGUUACCCGAUAACGUGAAAGACAGUUUAACCGAACGAUCGACGAUGUUUUUGCAUCGCUAUUGUACUUUUCAACGAAACGAACCGUGCUCGCUACCGGCCAUUGUGGAAAUGAUAGCGGCUUUUAUGAAUAAGAAACCCGAAGAGGUCGCCUUGGCUACGUCCUUCACUUCGAUGAAAUUGUUUGGACUCUCCUGAUCGUACGAUUCUCGCGAUAUUUAUUUAAUUUAUUCAGCCCUAUUUCAACUUCGUUUUGCGAUUUUUUAAUCUUGUCCGAUUCGUACAAUCGUUUAUGUUUAUUUUAUUGUUGCAAUAAUAAGUGGAGUCGUAAAAAUGUACUGGAAUAAGGCUGAUUAGAUGUAAAUUUUUAGAUAGGUAAUUAUAUCGCCAUUCUUGCUGAUAUUUUUUUAAAAAUUUAUAUAUAAAUGAUAUAUUUUUAUUACUGCAUGUGACAUGCUUUAAAAGUACAUAAUGUUAUGUAUUAAUUAGGUACUAUUUUUGUACUGAGUAGUUGUCAAUAUUCUUGUUCUAUUUUUACACAAAGACUUUAUUACUUAUAUGUAGAGAUAUUUAUAUUUACAAAUAAAAUUUGAG